AAUUAUCGAAGGUCCAAGGCACUUCCUUCUCCUUCCUCACCCUUUCUCCUUCUCUGAGAUCUUCCCCCCUCUCUCUCCUGUUCUUCCUCAGCUUUCUCCUUCUUUACGUCAUACACAGAAAUUCUAGCCCCAAUCUACAUCCUUCCUUGGUUUUUCUCGACUUUCUUCUCAUCUUCCAACGACGAGUUGCAGUCCACUUACAGGACAGGAUACAGUUCCUGUUGCUAUUCCAUUUGCAGGUGCUUGCCGAGUUGCUUUCUUGUAACUACUGAUACUGUGAACUGAAUUGAAAAUGGAUUUGAAUCCCAUUAUGGAUGCAUUUGAUCGUGUCACAAAGAAGCAAAAGUUGUCCAUUUCUAAAACCCAAGAAGUGAUUGACCAGAUCAUAGAAGAAAUUGAAAAGGAAAUAGGAGCAAUACAGUCAGACUCUUCACUUGAUCCUAAAUCUGUGCUUGCUGAGCUUAAGAGAAAGUUGCAAGAAAUUGCCCCACUUAGUCAACUGGAAGGCCCACAGAAGGAACUGAACAUAGCACUGAGCAAGUAUCCAAAGCAGCUUGAGAAAUCCUUCAACUCUGAUAUAUCAAAGGCUUACAGAAAUGUUGAAUUCGACACCCAUGUUGUUAAUGAAAUUAUUGCCAGCCAUUUCUACCGGCAGGGGUUAUUUGAGAUUGGAGACUGCUUUAUAAGUGAGACUGGAGAACCAGAAAGUGCUGCUGCUAUGAGAUGCCUUUUCUCAGAAAUGUACCAGAUACUUGAAGCCAUAAAGAGUAAGAACCUGGAGCCUGCACUAAAGUGGGCUGCCACCAACUCAGAUAAGCUGCGAGAAAACAAGUCAGACCUUCAACUGAAACUUCACCACUUGCAGUUUGUAGAAAUAUUACAAAAGCAAAGCAGAAGCGAAGCUCUCCACUAUCUCAGAACUCACAUAGCUCCUUUUGCUCCCAAUCAUAUGGCCGAAAUCCAGAAGCUCAUGGCUUGUCUUCUGUGGGCUGGUAAGCUUGAUACCUGCCCAUAUCCUGAGUUACUGUCGUCAGGAAAUUGGAACAUGGUUGCCGAGGAGCUAAUGAGGCAGUUCUGCAAUCUUUUGGGGCAGUCUUCUGACAGCCCAUUGAGCGUAACAAUUGCAGCUGGGGUUCAGGGGUUGCCACCUCUUCUGAAGUUUUUGACCGUCAUGUCGGGCAAGAAACAGGAAUGGCAGACAAUGAAGCAGCUGCCUGUCCCGGUGGAGCUGGAUCGGGAGUUCCAGUUCCAUUCCAUCUUUGUAUGCCCAGUAUCUAAGGAACAAUCGACUGAUGACAACCCACCAAUGUUGAUGCCUUGUAGCCAUGUGCUAUGCAAGCAGUCAAUCAAUAAGAUGUCAAAGAAUGGCACCAAAACUUUCAAGUGUCCUUACUGUCCAUCCGAUAUUGAUGCAACACAAUGUAGGCCGGUCUUUUUCUGAUGCUAACCUUAAUUUAUGCAUUAGAUUGUAUCAAGACUCUCUGUGGACUGAAUGUUGUGUAGAAACUAGUCUCAUGUAGCCCUGGCCAUGGUGAUAGUGGCAAAAGCCCUUCUGUUGUUGUGUCUUGUUCGUUGAUGCAUUGCAUUUGUUGUAAAUAUAAAUUCUCAAUUCUUUUUUACAUUUUCUAAUAGAAGCUGAAGUCAGCUUCUUUAGUUCUUUGCCAA